AUUACAGAGCUUCGUGUGCUAAAUACUUUUCGACACAUUCUCCAUCAAGAUUGCACGCAAAUAGCUUGGCUAAAGGCUGAUAUUUUAAUGAAACUUAGGCUUCAAAGCUCCGUCCUUUGAGCCUGAUCGCCUCAUGUUAAAGGAAAUGAUUGACUGAAGAUUUUUGUUAUUAUCCGCUCACCACAAUCAAACCACUUGACGCUUGACUGACUGCGAGACUUGAGUUGAAGACUUGCAGGAACGGCGAAGACGAGAAAUUAUUUAACCGUCGUCUAUUCGAUUUCGCAAACACCUAGAAAUCAGAAACAUUCUCUUGCCUCAACAAGCUCAUUCAUACAGACAUUGAAUCAACAUGUUUAGAUACGCACACCUCCUUAUUCUUGCAGUUGCUGCCGUAGCUGUUGCUUUCCCAAUCUCCGAUGUGCUCACUGCAAGAUCAACAACAUCGUCAUCUACCGACCAACUCCUGAACCUCAGCCCGUGGUAUCGUGCUUAUAACCCAUCCAUUCGGGACCAUUUCUACACCCCCGAUAUCAAUGAAUGGCACAACGCUAUCAACAAUCUGGGAUACAGUGCCGAGGGCAUAGCAUGUCGCAUCCAUUCUACUCAUGAGUAUGGCACCGUUCCGUUCUACAGGGUGUACAAUCCGACGAGAUACGAUCAUUUCUACACCACAUCGAAGCCAGAGCGAGACAACGCCAUUCAGAAUCUUGGAUAUCACGAUGAAGGUAUCACGGGCUACAUAUACCCAGAAUCAAUCCUGUUUACAGUCCCACUCUACCGCCUCUACAAUCCGUCCGCCACAGAUCACUUCUAUACUGCAUCCGCGACAGAGAGAGACAAUGCUGCAGCAAACUUGGGGUACUCUGACGAGGGUAUUGCUGGCUACGUGCUGCCCCCACAGUAGUGCAGUCCGCGUUUAUUGCUUGGGCGAAUUGGACGACCUGAGCGCUAUCGCAGAGAUUGGAGUCACCAGUUGGUCUAGUAGUAAUAAUGCUCCGGGGAAGAUAUUCAAGUUUUCUGAGCUGUUUGGAUUGCGUUGAAUUGUGGUAUCGUGCGCAUUUUCGGAGGCUGCUUUCUUAGUUGGAAUCAUGCCACUCGACGUUAAUAUGUCUACCGAGUCAAGCCCCUGCCUUACGCCUUCAACUUCAUAUGUCAAGCAGAAACAUUCAGCCUUAGUAUUUGAUGCAUCAAAUUUCUCAUUGAUCAUCUUUAACUCGCUAAAGUCUAUUGUAAAUUCACCGCCGCUAGGAGAUGACCAGGAAUUCAACAGUCGCAUACACCCCA